AUGGUACGAUGGUACGAUGGUACGCUGGUGGGAGCCAUGAAGAUGGUACGAUGGUACGAUGGUAAGAUGGUACGAUGGUACGAUGGUACGCUGGUACGAUGGUACGCUGGUAAGAUGGUACGAUGGUACGAUGGUACGAUGGUUCAAAAUGUCUUCCAGCGAGUGAGUGAGGAAAACGCGGAGAACAAACAGGCCCUGAUGGCCGCCCAGAAGAAAGACGAGAAAAUGACUGAGAUGUUCACUGAACUUACCGCAUUGGUAAAAGAACAGAAGGGACGAAUCACCGAACUUUCCAAGUCUAAGAAUGAGCUGACUGUGGAUUACAAGGAACGGAUUCUGACACUGGAGAGCCAUGUGGAGGAGGCCAGGAAACGAAUGUUACAGCUGGAACUCCUGAAGCAGGAUAAGACAAAGUUGUUAGCGCAAGUUGAAGCUCAACAAUCUGUGAUGAAUGGUUUGAAAGCCGAGAGGAAGCUGUGGGGACAGGAACUCGCUCAGCAAGGUUCGUCUCUUGCCCAGGACAGAGGCAGGCUGGAGUCCAAGAUAGAGACCCUCAAGUCAGAGCUGACCACGGUCAAGAAACAACUGGACAGGGAGACAGAUGCUCUGAAGAUUAAAACAAAAAUGCUGGAGGAUCAGACAGAAACUAUCAGAAAGCUUAAAGAGGGUCUGUUGGAGCGUGAUGAGGAGGUGAAACGAGCCAGAGAGGAGGCACUUAAGUUACAACACUGUCUGGAGGAACAGCUGGCAGAAGAAAGGGCCGUAACUCAGGAUAACCAGGACACACUGGAGAGACUGAGAGAAAGGAAACAGGACCUGAAACAACAGCUGUCAGAACUCCAGGGAGAACUGGACCAAUCCAACCAGGCUCAUAGCAUCCUGAACAACAAGUGGAAGGAGAAGUCCCAGCUGAUUGGUGGACUGGAGAAGCAGGUACGGGAGAUGAGGGAUAACUGGGAAGGCAAGGAACGUAAACUACAGGACGAACGGGACAAGGCCAUCCAUGCUGCAAAUGUUGCUAUAGAGAAGCUGAGAAAAGUUGACGACAACUUCCGGGACCAGCUGGAGGCCAAAGAACAGUGCCAUCAAGAAGAGAUACUUGUACUUGAGCAGGCCAAACAGCAAGAAGUUGACCAGGCCUACCAGAGGGUGUACACAGUUAUAGAGGAAUUAAGUGUUCUGUAUGACAAUGUCAGUAUAGAGGAAUUAAGUGUUCUGUAUGACAAUGUCAGUAUAGAGGAAUUAAGUGUUCUGUAUGACAAUGUCAGUAUAGAGGAAUUAAGUGUUCUGUAUGACAAUGUCAGUGCAGAGGAAUUAAGUGUUCUGUAUGACAAUGUCAGUACAGAGGAAUUCAGUGUUCUGUAUGACAAUGUCAGUACAGAGGAAUUCAAUGUUCUGUAUGACAAUGUCAGUAUAGAGGAAUUAAGUGUUCUGUAUGACAAAAUCAGUGAUAAAAAUGAUUCCUUGUUGACGCACACUAUGAUACAGGGGACAGAGGGCUGCCUCAGGACUGACCAGUGUGCGUCUGUGACACAGGGGACAGAGGGCUACCUCAGGACUGACCAGUGUGCGUCUGUGACACAGGGGACAGAGGGCUGCCUCAGGACUGGUCCACACCAAAGUCACACUCAGUUUACAAUCAUAACAAAACCAAACCGCCACAUAGGAAUGACAGUCAGUGGGCGUGUCGUCUGUGUCGGCCUGGACAGAGAGAUGACCGAUAACAACUGUCUCCUUAUAGGAAUGACAGUAAGUGGGCGUGUCGUCUGUGUCAGCCUGGACAGAGAGAUGACCGAUAGCAACUGUCUCCUUAGGAAUGACAGUCAGUGGGCGUGUCGUCUGUGUCAGCCUGGACAGAGAGAUGACCGAUAG